AAGAAGAAAAGAAGCAGCAGCGACGGGGUCUGUUUACUGUGAGCCUGUCACUCUGCUCCGCUGCUGCAGCGCCAUCUAGACUCCUCUACAUCUUCACAAGAAUGGAGGACAUUGACAUCAAGCUCAGAGCUGAUGGCGUUCACAAAAAAGUCAUCUCUCCCGGAAAAGGAGACCUUUCAACGUUUCCCAAUGGAACAAAGGUGAAGUUUCAUUACCGCACCAGCCUUUGUGAUGGCACUCUGUUGGAUGACUCCAGGACAAUGGGAGGUCACAGUAAACCUAUGGAGCUCAUACUGGGGAAGAAGUUCAAGCUUCCUGUGUGGGAGCAAGUGGUUACUACCAUGAGAGAGGGUGAAAUUGCUGAGUUCACCUGUGAUGUCAAGCACACAGCUCUCUACCCACUGGUUUCUCUUUCACUGCGCAACAUCAGCCAUGGAAAAGACCCACUGGAGGGACAGAGACACUGCUGUGGAAUAGCUCAGGUUCACUCGCAUCAUUCGAUGGGUCACCCGGAUCUGGAUAAGUUGCAAACCAAUCCUCAGCCUCUAGUUUUUACUCUGGAAAUGCUAGAGGUCUUGCCCCCUGGAUCCUUCCAAAUGGAAAUAUGGGCAAUGUCAGACGAGGAGAAACUGCAGGUCAUACCACAGAUGCACGAGGAGGGAAAUGCGCUCUUCAAGAAUGGAGACAUUUCAGCAGCUUCUGAGAAGUACUACAAUGCCAUAGCUUGUCUGAAGAACCUACAGAUGAAGGAGCGUCCAGGUGAUGACCAGUGGAUCAAACUAGAUCUGAUGAUCACUCCUCUCCUCCUCAACUAUUGCCAGUGCAAGCAUCUUUUGGGCCAGUACUAUGAGGUUUUGGACCACUGCUCUUCUAUCAUCAACAAGUACGAUGAUAAUGUGAAGGCAUAUUUCAAACGAGGAAAGGCUCAUGCAGCAGUGUGGAAUGAAGCAGAGGCAAGAUCCGACUUUGCCAAAGUGAUUGAACUAGACCCAUCACUUGAAACCUCAGUUGCAAAGGAGUUGAGGGCAAUGGAGGAUCGCAUUCGGGAAAAACUGAAAGAGGAGAAGGGACGCUACAGAAACCUUUUCAACUACAGCAGCAAAGCCUCUGCUGCAGCUUCCACAGGCUGAUUCAAAGACGAACCUCCGAUUUUACCUUUAUAAGGAUGCAGAUAGGCCACUGUCAAGUUGGAGAGCACGCCCACAUAAAUUCAUCCCUCCUCACGAGUUCAUAUUGUCGAUCACUUCCUCGUGUUUUAUUAGUAAAUUGAUACGCCAUUGAUGAGUGCAUAGCUUUAUAUGCACUUGAAUUUAUCCUUUUAUCCCUGGAGUAACUCAUCGUUUUUGAAAAGUGCCCGUUUUCAUUGAGUUGCUAAUAGGAUCUGCAUCUCCUGUGAGCCAGAAAUGGGUAAAUACCAGCUUACUGCUUUGUUACCUUGUGCAUUGAGUCUUUGGAUACAGCUGAUAGAAAUAGACACAGAUUGAACCCUGUUCCUUAAGGUCAGUGCUUUUAAACAGGGGCAGUCUGAAUGAACCAAACUUGAAAGACAAUCUGAAGAUAAAAGGCUAGUCCGGUUCAACACGAUUUCUUUGACUAGAUCCCCCUUAACUUCAAUUUUUAUGUUAAUCUUUUGUAUUUAUCAUGUUUAUUCAUUUUUAUUGCUAUUACCCUCAUUGUCUUUAUAUGUAUACGACAUUUUAAUAUCGAACGAUUAAAGAAAAUUAGAAGGUCUAUAAAUAUGUUAGUGAAAGACACGAUAAUAACACUGUGAUGGCACAUGUAAAAAUAUCCACUUUCCCUUCAUUGAAACUAAACUUUCACAAUCACAUUGUGUUAAUUAAUGCAGUCGUCAGGUAUAUCUAUACGUCACUACAAAUAAAUAGCUAUUUUCAAAAUACUUUUUAAUAGGUGUUGUUGCAACUGUUCUGCAUAUGUUGUGACUGAAGCCAAAUAAAGUUCUUUGAAAAUCA